UGGAGAGCGGGAGCUUGGUCUGCACUGCCUACGCCGCUGGCAGCGGGGGAAGGCGGACCGGCGAUUGCCCAGUACCCACUCUCGGCUGCCCGCUGCUCUGUUCUGCGCCCCUGUAAUCCUCAUUCGGGACGCAGUGAACAUUUUUUUUUUAAAAUCACAAGGGCGUGGGUCAGCCUCCCCUAGGACUUCAUGUCUGUAUAUUUCCCCAUUCACUGCCCUGACUAUCUGAGAUCGGCUGAGAUGACUGAGGUGAUGAUGAACACCCCAUCCAUGGAAGAGAUUGGCCUCAGCCCCCGGAAGGAUGGACUCUCCUAUCAGAUCUUUCCCGACCCAUCGGACUUUGACCGAUGCUGCAAACUGAAGGACCGUCUGCCCUCCAUCGUGGUGGAACCCACAGAGGGGGAGGUGGAGAGCGGGGAGCUCCGGUGGCCCCCUGAGGAAUUCCUGGUCCAGGAGGAUGAGCAAGACAACUGCGAAGAGACAGGGAAAGAGAAGAAGGAACAGUAGAGUCCCGCGGCUCACCUGGGUCCUAUGAGCCAGUGUACCUGAACUGUUUUUCUCAUGGCGAUGGAAGAAGAGAGUGAGCCACAAUCAUUCUGAAAAACGUCAAACGAGGCUUCCGUUUUGCACCUGAAAAU